GUCCGGGUUACAGGAUUUGACGUCGAUGGUGCUGCACCGGAGGAUCGCACGUUUGCGUGCGGCUUCGCUGGGUGCUGGGUCUCGCCAUCUGCCCUGGCGCUGCUUACUGGGCGGGAGCUUGGCUGCGCGGCUGCGCUGUCUCUCCUGGGUGCGGCUGCCCGUGUGGGGGCCCGCGGCUGAAUAGCAUGGUGAGUGUACGGGCAGCGACCCAUUGGAUUAGCACCAACGUCACGGGCGCCAAGUGGGGUGACGCCUACGAUGAGGGGUACCAGCGGCUGCAGGACUAUGUCAAGGGCGGCAACGCGGACGGCCGCAAACUGCCGCAGACCAACCCCUCCUUCACGCUGGUGUACGUGUCCGACCCGCGCGCUCACGCCCUGUCCUCCACCUUCACCAUCGAGUACUUCGUGCCCUUCGAGCUGCAGGACACGCCGCCCGCGCCCACCUCCACCGAGCUGGCCGUGACCCCCGUGGAGCAGCAGGACGUGUGGGUGCUCAGCUUCGGCGGGUUCGCCACAGAGGACGUGGUGGUCACACGGGGUUUUGAGUUCCUGGCCAACCUGACCGGCGACGGGCUGGAUGUGGCCACCGAGUACUUCGGGGUGGCGCUGUACGACCAGCCUGCCCGGCUGCUCAAUCGCCACAACGAGCUGUGGGUGUGGUCCAAGGGCCCCGCACCCAGCACCACCACCACCACCACCACCACCACCAGCGCCAAGAACGGCAACGCCAAGAACUGCGGCGGCGCUGACUACCGUGGCCGCAGCAAGAAGGCCCAGCAGCAGCAGCAGCAGCAGCAGCAGCAGCAGCAGCAGCAGCAGCAGCAGCAGCAGCAGCAGGCUUCCGGCGGCGGCGCCUUUGCCAGCAGCUUUGCUUCAAGCAGCAGUGGCGGCGAUGGUGAGGAGGAUGAUGUGCGUGUGGUGAUGGAGCAGGCGUGGCAGGCCGUGGGGCGGGACGGGCGCGUGCGCGCCGGCCGCAGCUCCUACGACUCGGCGGCGGCGGCGGGCGGCCGCAGCCAGCAGGGGCAGCAGCAGCAGGACAGCGCUGACGGCGGCAGCGGCCCGGGCUUUGAGGACGUCCGCCGCGCACGAGAGAGCCUGCGGGACAGCAUUGAGCGCAUGAUGCGCCGCGCACAGCAGCAGCAGCAGCAGCAGCAGCAGCAGUUCGCGUGAGAGCUACGUGCGGCAGGCUGCGACGAUGCCGUUAUGUAUGUUUGGAGGCAAGAGAAGGAGGCAGAUUGCGUUUCCAUAUUGCUUGAGUUGAUACCGCGGUUGCGUCGUGGGGCCUGGCUGGCAAACUAACAUCAGGUUGGCGAGGUUUCGGCGGGUUCAAAGUGUGCUGCUUGUUUGUUGCUUGUGCGGCUUGGGGUACGGCUUGAUGAGGUCCGCGGCGGGAAACCAUGCAUGCUUCUGCUCUCCACACCACCGGCCUCGAGUGGACUGCUGCUGCUUCUGGCUGGUUGCGUCUGGCUACUGCUAAGAUUAGGGCCGGGCGGGGCGUCUGGGCAGCAACCGCAGGGGCCGUUUCGGCAGUUCGGUAGCCGGGGACCGGACUUGGAAGUACGGUAAGACUGCAACCCGCCGGAACCCGCCGUGGCGAAGGCGCUCCCGCGGCGAUUAUCCAGAGGCCCCCACGCACCCGCCAGGCAUUAUCGUAAGCAAGCAAGCAGCCAAGCACAGGGCAGUGUGACUGUGUGAGUGUGUGUGCUGGGGGGGGCAUGAAGUGCUGCGGGCUAGGCUGCGGGCCGCGGUGACGUAUGCACGCGUGUUGUGUGUAUGAUAGAUGUGUGUGUGUGUGUGGCUGAUGUGCGAGGUGGUUGCGGAGUUUUGUUGGUUGACAGCUAGCUGCGGAGCUGCCUGUGGCGCUAGGAAAUCAUGGAGGCCGUGUUGCAUUCUUUUCGUCCGUAGUUGCCGCUUCCAAGACACACACAGUGGACGUGCCGGCACGGCGGGCACACAAAUUUCUGUGUUUGCCAGUAAAAAUAACAUCUGCGGUAUCGUAAUGUGCUAGUUGAG